AUGAGCGAAGAAAACUGUAACAACUCGGCGAGCAGCAAUCAAACUGGAGAAGGAACCCCAAGUCUGAGUGAGGCUGAACGAACCUUUAAAGUUGUGUUCUAUUCCUGCCUGUUCAUUUUAGGAUCGCUAGGAAACCUUCUGGUCGUCUUGGUUGUAAAAAGGAAAUUAAAAAGCAGGCGAACUAUAAACGAUUACUUCAUUCUAAAUCUGGCGAUGGCAGAUUUAACUUUUUUAUGGCUAUCACUUCCCUUUUACACAAACGACCUUUAUCGUCCGUUUCACAAGAAUUUAUUGUACUGUAAACUAAUUUGGCCAAUGAUGUCGGUUACUUUAUCAGUCAGUGUUUUCACCUUAACGUCCAUGGCAGUUGAACGGUGUCGAGGAAUCACGAACCCUUUGCAACCGAGAAUCAAACUACAGGCCACAUUGAUAUGGAUUUUCCUUAUAUGGAUCUUCGCCUUCUUAACGAUUGUUCCUCUUAUGAUUGCGGCACGUUCGGGAGGUGUUCUAUGUACCGAACGUUGGCCAAAGUUUUCAUAUCGCCAGGCCUACACUGCAGUACUAUUUGGAUUUCAGUACGUCCUGCCUCUAGCAAUAAUUGCUACUGCGUACCUGAGAAUUACUAUGCGUUUAAUCACUUCCCGGUUACCAAUGCGAACUUCAAUAAACUCUCGCGGUCAGGUCAUCAGACAGAAGACCAGGAGCGAAAACAUUCAAAUCAUUCGAACUUUAGCGGUUAUUGUGACUCUAUUCAUGGCCUGUAUGUUACCAAAUCAAAUUGCUUGGGUACUUUUAGAUUUUGGAGGUGCCUCGUACGCUGGGCUUACAAAAGCUUUUUGGACAUGCGCAGAAGCUUUGUUAUUCCUUCACGCAUGCGUGAACCCGAUUGCAUAUGGUUCUUUAACCGGACGGUUUCGUCAAGGGUAUGUUCGAUUUUUUCGAUCCAUCUUCUGCUGCAAAGAAAGACGCUUAGCCCUUCCCAGCCUUUCUGAUAACCGAACGAGCACAAGGCAUUCAAGAAAAAACCAUAACGGUGUUAUAGUGCACGGCUCUUUAAAAUGCAAAAGCAUUAUUGAAAGUCCUAAAACUACACAACUAAACAUGCAGUCUUCUCCUACUUUAUCCACAACUGGGGAAAGAGCUCAGGCUGGAAACACUUUAUCUGGUCUGUCUCCUCCUCAGAUAGUAAAUACCACGGAUAUAGAUGUAACAAAUACGAUCAAAACGAGAGUUUGCGAGGCCAAAGAAGUCGCGAGUUUGUUUUAUGCCAACUCUGCCUUGCAAACAUCAGACGAAGAACAGAAUGUUAAAGAAACAAGAUUUUAA